CUUGAAGGAUUGGGGCACUAUUGCGUUACUUAAGAUUAAGCUACAUAGACGUCAUGUUCUAAAUUCAUCGCUACCAGUCAUUCAGAAUGUUCGGAAACCUAGACGGUCCUGCGGCCUAGAAUUCAAUUGUGGAAUCAAAAAAUACCAAGAUAUGUAGGUGCAUAGGCUAGACUUUUGCUGUCUCAAGAUUGAUUACCUAUUCUAACCUAUUACUUUGAUAUGUACGGAAUCUUCUCCUUCAACAGAGGAGAAAAAUCACCAGCUGCCGAGUUCCGUGCCGACCAGGGAAGAUAUGGGAGGGGAUCGGCCUGCAAAGAAUGUCGCGUCUCUAGAGUAAGGUGCAGCGGAAGACUGGACGGCAAAAAAUGCGACCGGUGCAAACGCCUUUUGAAGCCCUGCUUAUACACCAGCAACCAGAAUCAACGCCAGAAUCGAAGUAGUCAGCCUCUAGAAAGGAAAGAAAGAAAUCACAAGAGUAUACCAUCGAUCGGAGCCGUUUCGGAAUCCUCAGAUAAUCACCACUCCGACACGUCAGGCACUUCUCCGCCGGGUCCGUCGAGCGGUGAUGAAUCACAUUUCGUGGCCGAUGAUCUUCUUGGCCUCGACUUCGAGAGCUGGUUACAGCUGCAGGGCAAUCCCACGGCGACGGAACCGAUUCGGCCACCCAUUGACUUGGUAGCGACUCCACCGUCAACGUCCCCAGAUCCCCUCCGCAUCCCCCUGCUGGAACCCGAAGGAGCUUUGGGCAAUGGUGCGAUGUGCGAAACAUCGCCCUCUCGCUUCCCAGGAUCAGGGGACGACAUAAUUGGUGGAAACGAUGCAGCGGGUACCAAACCUACCGAGUGCGAAUCAUUCCCCGACCUUAACGGCUGGAUAUCUGCAGCUGGUGCCCGAGGGUCCACUUCUCAAUGCAAGUGCCUGCAGGCGAUGACCUCGUCUUUAUCUAUCCUUCGAAGUUGGUCCUGUGGCGGCGGGUCCGGAAUUCAUUCCGGGAUGAGGACUGACGAUGUUACAUUCAACUAUGUCAAAAUCGAGAAUUUCCUGGCCCUUUUCGAAAAGUCAAUGACCCAGCUACGAAUCGCCGAAAACUGCCCAUUAGCGUGCAUUUUAUCGCAAGACUUAGCAUUUCUCCUCUUGCUCGUCGUUGAACAGCUGGCGAAGCUACUCCUCAGUCUUGCAGCGGAUGGGAUAGGAGAACAUGGUAGAUCUCCUCUCGAUAUCUCCGAGAGGUCAAUCCCCCGCCAAUUAGGGAUCCAAACACCUGCGAGAAACGGGGAUCGACAAGGGCUAGGCGCUCGGAUUUCCAAAAUUGGCGCAUUCGAACUUGUCGAUCCCAUAGACGUGCAGAUGAUUUUGAAGCUGCUCUUGCAGAUCAGGACCCAGACUUUGGGCGCAUACAUACACAGGUGGAAUGACAAGAUCAAGAGAUAUGGAUUAAGAAGCCUCGAGGCUGACCUGAAAAGGAUUCUGGAGGACUUGAGCAGCGUGGCAUUCCUAGGGAAUAUAAUAAAUCCGUUCCAUCUAUGUAGUUAUUAGACAGAAUAUUGAC